AUGGCUGACGCUGGAAAUAAAAGUCUUGGGGAAGGUAUUGCAUGUGAACAGCUUGGAUCAAGGAAUUCAGGUAGUAACAGGGAAGAAGAUAAAGUAAAGAAAGCAAAGGCCACCUUAAAGCCAGAGUUUUCUUAUCGCCAAGAUUAG